GACCUUACGGGCGCGGCAGCACCACCCGGUCACAGAGCUCCCGACUACCCCCCACGGACGAGCUGACCGACGCGGCGACACUAUGUCUCCCGGCCGGCUGCUCCCGGCCGCCGGGGCCUCUCUGGUGACCCUGGUCUGGGCUGCUCUGGUGACCCCCGGGUCAGCCCACCGGGACGCGCCGCCGGCCAGCUUCUCCGUGGUCUCGGCGCACUGGCACCUGGCUCACGGCGCCGUUCCGGCUGACGAGCUGCUGGACAACGUCACCGCGCGGGACGAGUGUGAGUGUCUGGCGCGCUGCUUCCGAAGAGUAGACUGCCUCAGCUUCAGCUGGGUGGACGGCCACUGCAUCCUUUACAGCGUUCGCGGUAACGUGGGCUCCCUACGACCGGGCCCCGUGCGCUUCCGAACUGGAUUGGCCUACCUGGGCGACUGGUGUCUGGAUGACUGGGAGUGUCGAGUGAUGGCGUCGGAGGCCGUCUGCCUGUACAACACGUGCCACUGUCCCUUCGGACAGCACCGGCAUAACAGGACAACGUGCGGAUACGAUCCAUUUGGAACAGAAAAUGGAGGCGACUUUACCAUUGCACCAUGGAGUUCCCCCAAUGAACAGGCGGCAGACGUCACCACAACUCAGGAGAUAGCAACUGCAGCGUCCACAACUCGGCAGGCAACAGCUGCAACUGCGAGAAGCUCAACUCAACAGACCACGACGACUGCAACAUCUGCAACGCCGACAACAUUCACCGCUCAGCAGACCGCAUCCGACCCAUCCACCAAUCAGCUGGCAGCUGGAGCAGAAUCCCCCAAUCAGGAAACGGCAGUUGGGUCAUCGGCCAGCCAGGAGACGACAGCCGCCCCAUCCACCAAUCAGCUGCCAGCAGUGGAUACCUCCACCAGCGGAGGUACCGGGGACGGUACGACCACCGAACAGGCUCUGUUCACAGAGACGCUCUAUUCCAAUGGCGGGAUGAUGGGGGAUCCCGUCAGCGGUCAAAACACAGACGACAUAUCGACCAAUCAGCUGACGACUGCUGAACCAACAUCCACCUCAGAACCGCUAAUGGGUGAACCAUUCACCGACCAACUGGCUACAGCAGGCAUGUCCACCGAUCAGAAGACAACGCUGGUAGCUCCAAUGGCGGCUGAGGAGACUGCCCCCGCCCAGGGUAUCGCCGCGGGGACCUCUGACAGCACACAGUCGGCGACAGAGGGGACCUCUGACAGCACACAGUCGGCGACAGAGGGGACCUCUGACAGCACACAGUCGGCGACAGAGGGGACCUCUGACAGCACACAGUCGGCGACAGAGGGGACCUCUGACAGCACACAGUCGGCGACAGAGGGCGUGAUGAUGACGGGCGACAUCCAACCGGUGACUUCCGAAUCGAGACAUACGGCGACCGGUUCACAAACAGCCGUCACUUCCACCACGGACCGGCCGGCAGCCGCGGAGGUCGUCUACGUGCAGCGGAACGUCUCGGUAUUCGGUGCCGCCCUGCUGAACUGCUCCGGUGACGAGUCCAGGCCGAUGGCGCUGGUCGGAAUGAAGGACGACCCAGCCACGGCGGCUCAAACGCCCUGGCAGACCCUGGACCAGGCGAACUGCGCGCAGUUUGUCGGCCACCCAGACCUGGUCAUCGGGGCGGGGACGCCUCUCAUCCCAUUUGAACAAGGAAAGCCCGAGUACCAUUGCGGCCCUGGUCAGCUGCUGGUGGCCGUGUCCACCUCUAUCGGCCAGUACCUGCCCCGGCCGGGGAUCCUGUGCGCCCCGGUCGAGGAGCCCCACACCAUCGGCCCGGUGGGCUGUGAGACGGUGACCAUCACCGAGCCGGAGAAGUACCAGAGCCCUGUCAGCGACACGGCCAGCUGGCCGUUCCAGUGCCCCCAGCUGCCGCAGCCGCUUGGAAUCACAGCCGUCUCCAUCGACACGCUGCAGAAACACUGGACUUCCAUCACCUGCUGCCUGAUCGUAUAAACCCCUGUGGACCCUGGUAUACUCGUAGACUAACACGUAGCUCGGGCUAACACAGAAUACCGGCGGAACGGGCAGUCAGCGCAGACUGACAGCCGACUGUCACAUCACACUGCGCCACUGUCACAUCACACUGUGCCACUGUCACAUCACACUGCGCCACUGUCACAUCACCCGGUAUUUGAGCCGUCAAUCGGUCGUGCGUUUUAAUUCUGGCGGCGAUCGGGGCUGGGCGCGAAAUGCGAAUGGUCCCUCUCCGAACCCGGCUGGCUGCUUCACUUGUGUGUGAGGUUUUAACAAUGUGUGGCGUGCAUCCCAUUUUUCGACAGUGCUUCGUUCGGCUUUAGAUUGUGUGUGGUGUGGUACACCUCGCCAUUGGGUGGGCGCGGGCCGCGGGGCUUAAAGAACCGUCUGAAAGCUGAACUUCUAGACAGUAGUCCGAUACUGUAAUUAGCCACCAACUGGAUAAAACUUUGAUGACUGGUCCAAGGAACGCCCAAGUUAUGAACCAUAUCGUAGAGUAACACAGCAAGGGUAGGUACGUACUGCAAAUUUGCUCAAUUAUCAAUGUUUUCUCCACUAUUAAAGCACGUUAUCAGUAAUGCACUUUGUGCGUGCUCGGCCUCGGUGCUGCUAACCUACAGCACCUAUGUACAAGCUAGUACAACCUAUGUACAAGUAUGUACAAGCAAGUACAAGCUGCUACUGUAUGUACAAGUAGCAACUGCUUUGUGUGCAAGAUGUAAACAUUAUGUAUAGGCCACGGGAGCUUGAUGGGUUAAUGGUCCUUUUAUUUGUUAGUCAUUUCGGGAUUGACUGAUUCAGGCGCAACGCUCUACUGGCUGAAGGCUUAACACAUUUUAUUUAUAUUUGUCGUAGCCUUUUAGUGUAACCGUAAGGAUGCCUACAUUAUGUGUGUAAAACACACACUGCACUGUGUUUUGUGUAGGUAUAAGUGGCUCUUCGAAGUGGCAGUGGCGUGAUGUGGAGCAGUCCAUGCCAUUGAUGUUUAAUGUUUAGGUAAUAUUCCGAGCUCAAUACACUAUCCUACUGACUC